AUGGCCCCAAUUCUCGUCACUGGCGCCACAGGGUCCACGGGACGCGCUACAAUCAAGCAUUUGUUGCAGAAAGGUCUUGCUGUGCGUGCGUUUGUUCACAAGGAGGACGAUCAAUCGCGCCAGCUUGAAGCUCAAGGCGCCGAGGUCGUCGUUGGGGAUCUCCUUGAUUUGCGCUCAGUCCGACGUGCAUUCGAAGGCGUCAAGAGAGCUUACUUUGUGUACCCUGUACGACCAGGACUCAUCGAUGCCAGUGCCAUUUUUGCUCAGUCAGCUACAGAAGCCAAAGCCGAAUACAUCGUCAACAUGUCCCAGAUCACAGCGAGAGCAGACGCCCCUAGCAAUGCUGCUCUUAACCACUGGCUUGCGGAGCGAGUUUUCGAUUGGGCUGACACACCCGUCACGCACUUGCGACCAACUACAUUCCAUGGAUGGCUUCUUUUCGCUGGGAAAAUGAUCAGGGAAGAAGAUCGUUUUGCUGUUCCCUUUGGCCCAUCUGGCAAAUUUGCCUCAGUCUCCACCGAGGAUCUUGGAGAGUUGAUCGCUACGCUGCUUGAGAACCCUGCCGGCCAUGCAGGACAGACAUAUCCUCUCUUCGGCGCUACAGAGUUGACACCGCCCGAGAUUGCCAAUGUUCUGUCAAAGCACCUUGGAAGAGAAAUUCGCUACGAAGAAGUCGGUGCUGGUGUAUUAAUUCAGUCUUUUACGGGCAUUGAAAUCCCCUACCUGGAGCAACAUUUCAACGCAGCGGCCGGAAUGCAUCGUGAUGGACUUUUGGCUGGUACUAACGAUUGGUUCGAGAAGAUUAUCGGCCACCCAUCGCAGAGCUUGGAACAAUUCGUGGAGCAAAACAAGUCGAUGUGGGAGAAGAGGUAA